AUAUAAACUUUACACAAAAAGCGACUAUAUAUCAAUGGACUUCACGUUGAACUAUAUCAUAACAAAGAAGAGAAACUAAAAAGAGCAGGUACGGGUAGAAUGAGAUCCCCAAAAAUUAUGGGAUUAGGGCAUUGCAUGGUUUAUGUUGUGGUCUUUAGCGCCAUCGUAGCUGCAGCUUACCCUUAUGAAUCUCCCCCAACAACACAGAAAUAUCCCCCAGUCCAUAAAACCAAAUCACCAUAUCCACCCAAAAAGAAUUCCCCAUAUUACUCGGCACCACCAUCUCCUCCACCACAAUAUAGAAGACAAGGCCCUAAAUAUACACCACCUCCAAAACCAUAUAUCUACAGUUCCCCACCACCUCCGUCAUACUACUCUCCUUCCCCGAAGGUCGAAUACAAAUCUCCACCACCGCCUUACGUCUACAGCUCCCCACCACCUCCACCAUACUACUCUCCUUCCCCGAAGGUAGACUACAAGUCUCCACCACCGCCAUAUGUAUACAGCUCUCCACCACCGCCACCAUACUAUUCUCCUUCCCCGACGGUAGAGUACAAUUCUCCGCCACCACCAUACGUUUACAAAUCUCCACCACCUCCACCAUACUACUCUCCUUCUCCUAAGGCCGAAUACAAAUUUCCACCACCACCAUACGUGUACAGCUCCCCACCACCUCCGCCAUACUACUCACCUUCUCCGAAGGUAGAGUACAAGUCUCCACCACCUCCAUAUGUCUACAGCUCCCCACCACCUCCGCCAUACUACUCUCCUUCUCCGAAGGUAGAGUACAAGUCUCCACCACCUCCAUACGUUAACAACUCCCCACCACCUCCACCAUACUACUCUCCUUCACCAAAAGUAGAGUACAAAUCUCCACCACCUCCAUACGUCUACAGCUCCCCACCACCUCCACCAUACUACUCUCCUUCCCCAAAAGUUGACAACAAGUCUCCACCACCGCCAUACGUCUACAGCUCUCCACCACCUCCACCAUACUACUCUCCUUCCCCGAAGGUAGACUACAAGUCCCCACCACCGCCAUACUUAUACAGCUCUCCACCACCGCCACCAUACUACUUUCCUUCUCCGAAGGUAGACUACAAGUCUCCACCACCACCAUACGUUUACAGCUCUUCACCACCUCCACCAUACUACUCUCCUUCCCCGAAGGUCGAAUACAAAUCUCCACCACCGCCUUACGUCUACAGCUCCCCACCACCUCCGCCAUACUACUCUCCUGCUCCGAAGGUAGAGUACAAGUCUCCACCACCUCCAUACGUUAACAACUCCCCACCACCUCCACCAUACUACUCUCCUUCACCAAAAGUAGAGUACAAAUCUCCACCACCUCCAUACGUCUACAGCUCCCCACCACCUCCACCAUACUACUCUCCUUCCCCAAAAGUUGACUACAAGUCUCCACCACCGCCAUACGUCUACAGCUCUCCACCACCUCCACCAUACUACUCUCCUUCCCCGAAGGUAGACUACAAGUCCCCACCACCGCCAUACGUAUACAGCUCUCCACCACCGCCACCAUACUACUUUCCAUCCCCGAUGGUAGACUACAAGUCUCCACCACCACCAUACGUUUACAGCUCUCCACCACCUCCACCAUACUACUCUCCUUCCCCGAAGGUCGAAUACAAAUCUCCACCACCGCCUUACGUCUACAGCUCCCCACCACCUCCGCCAUACUACUCUCCUGCUCCGAAGGUAGAGUACAAGUCUCCACCACCUCCAUACGUUUACAACUCCCCACCACCUCCACCAUACUACUCUCCUUCACCAAAAGUAGAGUACAAAUCUCCACCACCUCCAUACGUCUACACCUCCCCACCACCUCCACCAUACUACUCUCCUUCCCCAAAAGUUGACUACAAGUCUCCACCACCGCCAUACGUCUACAGCUCUCCACCACCUCCACCAUACUACUCUCCUUCCCCGAAGUUAGACUACAAGUCUCCACCACCGCCAUACGUAUACAGCUCUCCACCACCGCCACCAUACUACUCUCCUUCCCCGAAGGUAGACUACAAGUCUCCACCAUCACCAUACGUUUACAGCUCUCCACCACCCCCAUCAUACUACUCUCCUUCUCCUAAGGUCGAAUACAAAUCUCCACCACCACCAUACGUUUACAACUCCCCACCACCUCCGCCAUACUACUCUCCUUCUCCGAAGGUAGAGUACAAGUCUCCACCACCUCCAUACGUCUACAACUCCCCACCACCUCCACCAUACUACUCUCCUUCCCCAAAAGAUGACUACAAGUCUCCACCGCCACCAUACGUCUACAGCUCACCACCACCACCACCAUACUACUCUCCUUCCCCGAAGGUAUACUACAAGUCUCCGCCACCGCCAUACGUAUACAGCUCCCCACCACCUCCACCAUACUACUCUCCUUCGCCAAAGAUGGCCUACAAGUCUCCACCACCGCCAUACGUCUACAGCUCCCCACCACCUCCUCCAUACUAUUCUCCUUCCCCGAAGGCAAACUACAAAUCUCCACCACCACCAUACGUCUACAGCUCCCCACCACCUCCACCAUACUAUUCUCCUUCCCCGAAGGUAAACUACAAGUCUCCACCACCGCCAUACGUCUACAGCUCACCACCACCUCCACCAUUCUACUCUCCUUCCCCGAAGGCCGAAUACAAGUCUCCACCUCCGCCAUACGUGUACAGCUCCCCACCACCUCCACCAUACUAUUCUCCAUCGCCAAAGGUUGACUACAAGUCUCCACCACCGCCAUAUGUCUACAGCUCCCAACAACCUCCACCAUACUACUCGCCUUCCCCAAAAGUUUACUACAAGUCUCCACCACCUCCACCAUAUGUCUACAAAAUGCCCUACUACUAAUUUUUAAAUUAUUCUUUAACAAGCAACAUGAUUUAUUGCUAUUGUUUUUUUUUUUUUAUGAAAUUGUCUUUUGAUUUUCUGUUGUUGUUGCUUCCUCUAUUUUAUGGUUUUAUAAUAUCAAUAAAAUUUGGCUACUUUUUGGAUGCACCUA